AUGGUAUUUUUCAAGGGAGGAUAUCAAAAACCUCUUCUUAUUCAAAGAAGAUUAUACAGUCAAACUCAACAGCCUUCUCCACACAUCAUGUUUUAUAAAAAUUAUGCACGGCCAUUAGGAAAAGUCAUGUUGUUUGCCUUGGCUACAUAUUACGGGCUUGAUCUUUUCUGGUGGAAGAUGAAUUCCAAUGAGGAAGAAGCUGAGAAAAAAGCCGAAUUGGAGGCAUUGGCAGCCAGUUUGAAAUAG